AUGGGCAUCCAAGCUGUUAGCGUCAUGCUAGAGGCUCUCGAUAGAGAUGCCCAACAUGCUACUAUCGCCAAGUUCAUUCAAAAUGAACUUGACGCUGAACGCGAGAAAGUAGCCUUGCUUCACCAACAAGGUUCUCAACAAGCAGAGUUGUUGAGAGAACAGGGUGCUCAACAGUUUGAACUGUUGAGACAGCAGCAGGCUGCUGCUGGUGGGUCGAUGCACUCGCGUCGACCCGAGACCUUGAAGAUUGACAUCUCCAAGUAUAGGGGAGUCGAAGAGGACUCCCUCUUGAGAUGGUUUGUCGAAUUAGACGGCGCCAUAAGGGCGCGUCGCAUCGACGACGGGGAUAUGCAAGUUGAAUUUGCCCAAUCAAAUCUGGCAGGACGUGCCAAGACUUGGGCUUUGGGGCUCAAGUUGCACGACCUAUAUGCGUUUGGGUCGUUAUAA